UCGACGAGGGAAGUAUGUUCGUCUUUUGCGGCGCGCAAAUAUAUACGAACGAAUCAUAAAUUAAAAUAUAAUAAAUUCUCGAUUAAUGUAUACGGUGUGUAAGUGACAAAGAAGUGUGUUAAUAAGUGUACCAUGAUUUAGUGCAAUUCAAAAGUAGUAGUAAUUAUUCUUCCGAUAAAAUGAAUGGUAAACUGCAUAGUGAAACCGGCGCUUUCUCAUCUGACGACAUGCGUGCCGAAAUAUUAAACCCUUUUGUCCAUAAAUUGGAAUUGGACAACACAUACGAUAAGAUAAAGACGGCAAUUUUCACAGUAAUUUUAUUACCGUUUCGAGUGAUAGUCAUAUGCUAUCUGAUCGUGACAGCAUGGUUCCUAGCAUGCAUCGGCCUCUAUGGACUCAGCGAGGAGGAUUUGAGACGGAAGCCCAUGACUGGAUGGAGAAGCAAGCUUCGUUUCUCGAUCCUCUCCCUCAUGCGACUGGUGGUGGUAGCCGCCGGCUUCCACCGCGUCAGGAUCUUGGGUCGCCAGCACCAGGCGGGCAGCUCCCGGGAGGCCCCGGUCGUGGUCAUGGCCCCGCAUUCCAGUUUCUUCGACGCGAUCGCCAUUGUCUGCCUCGGGGCUCCCAGCGUGGUAGCGAAGGCGGACACAGCUCGUAUACCGUUCAUUGGACAAUUGAUAAACUACACACAGCCCGUAUAUGUUUGGCGCGACGAUCCAAACUCGAGGCAGAACACGAUUAAAGAAAUUAUCGAGCGAGCUACUUCGAAGGAAGAUUGGCCGCAGGUCCUAAUAUUUCCUGAAGGCACAUGCACGAAUCGCUCCUGUCUCAUCACGUUCAAGCCUGGAGGCUUCUACCCAGGAGUUCCAGUGCAGCCCGUUACCAUCAGAUACCCGAAUGCCAGGGACACGGUUACCUGGACGUGGGAAGGACCCGGGGCGUUAAAGCUGCUUUGGCUGACUCUGACACAAGUACACAGCUCGUGUGAGAUUGAGUUCUUGCCUGUAUACUAUCCGAGUGAAGAGGAGAAGCGAGAUCCGAAACUGUAUGCGAGGAAUGUUCGAGAUGUUAUGGCUAAAGCCCUAGGAGUUCCAGUAUUAGAUUAUACUUACGACGACUGCCGGCUGAUUGCUAGAGCCAAGAAUCUGGGUAUACCAGGAGCUCCGUGUGCCAGGGAGGUCAGCGAGCUAAGAGCUGCUCUUGGCCUAGAGAGGUCCCAACUAGAGCUGCACCUAGCUGCCCAGGGAUUGCAGGACAGGGCUCGUUGGCUCACGGCUGAGGAGUUCUGCCAGAGGCUCGGCGUGCCUAACGAUCAAAAGACGCAGAGGCUAUUUGAAAUAUUUGUCCAGAGGUCCAGUGGCCUGGUGUACUUUCCCGACUAUCUGCUGUGCGCCGUCUUCCUCUCCCUCCAGCAGGCGCCGCUAUCUAAAGUGCUCAAUUACGCUUGGAAGUUGUACGACACCGGUAGGACCGGGAGGCUCAACUCUGCCGGCUUUGAAGAGGUGACCGGAAAAUGUCUUGGACUGUGUCAGCAAGACGCCAGCAACACGUUCCACCAGGCCGACCUGGACGAGAAGGGAUAUUUGACUUACGAUGAAUUCAUAUCGUUCGCUCAGAAACGCUCAGAAUUCUCUUUCGUUUUCGCCACCGACGGAGCUCACAAGCCGAAGGCGCAGUGAGAGCGGCCCCACAUACCGACUGUCUGCAGCCAAGUACCUUGACAUGGCAACGGUAUGUCAACGACGGGCAUCGUCCGUACACCUUAAUUACACGAAUAUAUCAAUUAUGAAUCUCGAUUUCACUCAAAGGUCAGAUCUAAUUUAAUUUAGAUCAUACAAAUAGUAGCGCAGUGACAAAAAAGUACAUAUGCGUUUAGGAUAAUCUGUGGUUUUAAAUCUUUAGUGCUUAGUCUAUGAUUUAAAAAAACACACUCCUUUUUUAAUAUGGGGUACCUUGUAAAGGUAAGGGACACCUUGUAUAGGGGACAAGUUGAAAAAGUGUGGAUCUGUAAACAGCGAGUUAUUGUUGGAAGACUUAAUGAAGUGGCGCUAGUGUAGCAAGUGUAGCAAUCUUUCCACUUGCUACAGUGGCGCCACCUUCAUUGGCGCCCUUUCAGCGAACACUUUAAUACAUUGCGAUAGUGUUCCUUACGUAUUAUUAUAUCCUCAAUACUUUUUAAUGUAGCUUAAGGAUUUAGUUAGAUGUAAUAUGUAGUAAUGUUUUCAUUAUUAUCAAUACCGCUUCCAGUGUUAAUUUUUUGAUCAGUAUUUUCUAAACGAUAAAAUUAGUUUAUAUCUGUCAUUUAAAAAGGAAUAUAAAAAUUGAGGUACAAAAACGUGUGAGAAUGUACGAGUUUUGAAUAUGAUCUGUAUUCGGAUUGAGAUAAGGUCUUUAUUGGUCUGUCAAUUGUUAAGUUAAAUUUAAGAAUUCGUAAUCAUUUUAGUAAGUAGAUUAUAGUGGUAAUGUAAUAAUGUUUGAGAAAAUUCUAUAAUAAUAUUCUAUUAGACAAAGCUUAAAUUUCAGUGAUAAUUUGAGAUUUACAAAUAGCUUAUAUUUAGAAAGUAAUUUAAAUUGAAUUCAAUUAAAAACUCUAUGAAAUGGCACCUGUACAUCAAUUACAGCCAGCAUUAUUAAAAAAAAAGUACGAAAUCGUAAAAAAAUUGUAUGGAAAUUGUAAUGGAUAUUGUAAUUAGCCGACAAUUGACAAACACUGUCUGAAAACAAGAAAAGUUCUGAAAGAAUUUAUUUUGAAAAAAAAAAAACGUCAUUAAUUAAGUUAGUGCUUUUUCAUUCAGUACCUUUUAGUACUUAAGCAGCCAUUCUAUGUGAUAAGUUUUGUUAUUUAGGGUAGGCUGAAACGAAGCUAAAUAUUAUUUAGAAAUUAUUUUUAUUUAGUGUUUUAUAUAUGUAACUAUUUAAAAUUAGUAUUAUUUAGUUUUAUUUCAGUUUCGAGAUAAGUCUAGGCGUGUUUAAAAAAACUUUUACGCUAAUUAUUUAAUAUAAUCCUAAUUAAUACGUAAAUUAAUUGAAUAAACAUAAAUACCGUAAAAGUAUUUUUAAUCAAAAUUAUUUAGUUGUAGUGCAAUGUCGGUAAACAUUAUUUACGGUAGUAGUAAAUAUUAUGUUGCUACAAUUUUAUUUCAGUGAAGAAUCUCACUAAAUUGAUCGUUGUAGUAUCUAUAUGAAAAAUCGGUAAUUACAAUAAGAACAAACAGCUAUCUUAGUAUAGUGUAUUCGUGAAAAAAUAAUUACAUUAAUACUUAUUUUUCCCAAAAAUACACGUGUAGGAUGUGUUUGUCUUGAUUAUACUAAUUAUUACUAAUACGCUAAUAGUAUGAUACAAAGUAUUAACAGAAACGCGUUUUCAUCUGUUUGUCUAUAUUUGCCACAAAUCAAAUGACUCUUCUUGGACUAAUAAAGUUUGUGUUGCGGCUUUACUUGCGGAUAAGUCGUGACAAAACACACCACUGCGACUCGCUAAGUACAAAUAGCAGAAAAAUUACGUAAUAAUAUUGCGUGCGUACAGAAUUUUUUAAUGUAAUAUUAAUAUAUAGGUGUGUAUUUAAUUAUUUUUCUUUUAUCGCAUAUAAUUCGGUACUUGCUUACCAUUAUAUACGUAAUGUAUUUUUUAAUACAUAUUACGGUUUCCUUUUUAAAUCAAUGCGUAUAAAAGAUAUUGGGUUUUUGUUCUAUAUACAUUUAAUUAUUGCUAUUUACUUGCGAAGUUAUUUAUUUAGAUAUUGUUUUAAUGCAAAUAUCAAUCACUCAAUUCGUCUUUGUAGAUUCUUUAAAAUCUAUUUUAAUGAAGUUUGUUUUUAUCUGACGCUGACAAUGAAAUAAAUAAAACGAAACAGUAAAUCUGUCUGUUCAUCUGCUCGAUUUGUUAGUUUUUUUUGUGAUAUUGUUUUAUUAUGCAUAAGAUAAUUGUUUUAGUCUAUAUACG